AUGGAGCUGAAUAGAACGGAGAAGAGUCAAGAAAGAGGGAGAAACAACAACGCGUUUGAGUCAGAGGAGCAGGAUCAGAUAUACAUUGAAGUGGACAGUGCUUCCGAAGUUGCAGACAAUGCACAGAAAGAGACAGAUCAACAGAACAAAAGCUUGCUGGAGAAAAAAAUGGAAGCAGUCCAGGGCUAUUUGGCAGAGCACAGAGACCAGAUCCGCCUGUUCAUGCACCUGGUUUUAGCAGCAGGCUUCGUUGCCAUAGUGAUAGCGGCAUGUGUUCUGAACUUCCACCGGGCUGUCGGGCUGCUGGUCAUCUCCUUGGUAACCCUAUUCUUUCUGGCCUGGGAUUGGAUGAUGGAACGCUAUGGCAACUGGGCGUGGGAAGAGCUUCAUCCUAUCAGAGACCUUCUCAGCAGAAACUGGUUUUGGAUCAGAUGGGUCGUAUAUGUGUUAGUGCUGGUGGCUGUGGUGUGCUGGCUUGCACUGGACACAGCCCAGCGGGGGACCAGACAGCUCGUGUCUUUCUUUGGUUUGCUGCUCUUCAUCUUCUUAAUGUUGCUGUUCUCAAAACACCCAUUCAGGUGGUCUUGGCGAACUUUGCUUUCUGGGACCGCGCUGCAGUUUGUCUUUGGUCUGCUGAUUCUCAGGACCAAAUUUGGCUUAGGUGCACUGGCUUGGCUUGGAAAACAAGUAGAAAUGUUUAUGUCAUUCACAGAUGUUGGGUCUAAGUUUGUGUUUGGUGCCAGUUACACAGACCACUUCUUUGUGUUUAAGGUGAUGCCCAUACUAGUUUUUUUAAGCUCUGUCAUCUCCAUCCUCUACUAUGUUGGCUUCAUGCAAUGGCUCAUUUGCAAGCUUGGACUCAUAAUGCAGGUUGCCAUGGGAACAUCUCCAGCAGAAUCAGUGGCUGCAGCUGGAAAUAUAUUCCUGGGACAGACAGAAUCAGCCCUCCUGAUUCGUCCGUACAUCAGUGGGCUAACUUGCUCUGAGAUCCAUGCCGUGAUGACAGGAGGUUUUGCCGGCGUCUCUGGUACCAUUUUAGGAGCCUUUAUCUCCUUUGGGGUUGAGGCAACACACUUGUUGACAGCAUCACUGAUGUCUGCUCCAGCCUCCCUGGCCAUCGCAAAGACAUUCUGGCCUGAAACCGAGACCCCAAAUGUAACAACCUGUGACCUCAAAAUGGACAAAGGAGAGAGUUCGAAUGUGUUGGAGGCAGCAUCCCAAGGUGCAUCUUGUGCUGUGGGUCUUGUGGCCAACAUUGUUGUCAACCUCAUUUCCUUUCUGGCACUGUUGGCCUUUUUUGAUGCUGUCCUGUCCUGGCUGGGUGGGAUGCUGGACUGUCCACAGCUCAGCUUUGCGCUCAUCUGCUCCUAUGUGUUCAUGCCUCUCGCCUUCAUGAUGGGUGUCUCCUGGGAGGAUAGUUUCAUUGUUGCUGAGCUAAUUGGAAUAAAGACAUUCCUCAAUGAAUUUGUGGCCUAUCAGAAGUUGUCAGAGUUGAUUAAGAGGCGGAAGGCAGGAGGGCCUGAAUAUGUGAACAACGUAAAGCAAUACAUUUCUGUCCAUUCCGAAACCAUCGCAACCUACGCUUUGUGUGGAUUUUCCAACUUUGCUUCACUGGGCAUGUUGGUUGGAGGGCUGUCGGCUAUGGCUCCUGAUAGACGAUCUGACAUUUCCAGUUGUGGCCUCAGAGCUCUGAUUGCAGGCAGUGUCUCCUGUUUCAUGACAGCUUGUAUUGCAGGUAUGUUGUACAUCCCUGAUCUUCAGUGCCCACAUUUCCUGAGCAUGGAGUUCAACCACACCAAUGUGACCAGCAGCACACAACUGGUCACCUGCUGCAGACUGCUGUAUAACAGUGUGACGGUGUAUGAGCCACGGAACGUGACGAUCGGGGAAGGAUUCAGUCAGAGCAGUCUGCGAGGCUGCUGCACACUCACACCCCCUACACACUUCAACUGCAGCUUGGUGCUUUGA